AUGGCUACCGUCUCCCGCCUCUCGCCGCCGCCCUCCUCCCAUCGCCGUCCACCUCUGGCUGCCGCCCGCCUCUCACCGCCGUCCACCGGCCAUCAUCUCCCGCUGCUGGUCGCCCUCCUCCCACAGCCACUUGCUUCCCACCAUUGCUCGUCGUCCAACGGCCACCGUCUCCCGCCUCCGGCCGCCGCCUACCUCCCAUUGCCGGCCACCGUGGGCCAUCGCCUGCCGUCCACCGGCCACCAUCCUGCCUCCAACCGCCCUCCUCUCGCCACUACCCGCCUCCCCCCAUCGGCAGCCCUCCUCCCAUCGCCGGCCGCCUCCGGCCACCGUCCUCCGCACUGGCUACGUUGUUGUCCGCCGCCGCCACCUCCCCCCACCGUCCGCCUCCCACCAUCCACUCACCCGCCAUCCGAGAGGGACAAAUUUUGUGCCGUUAUCAAAUAA